UAUUUACGUCUGAUCCUUUGGUUUCGUCAUAACCCCCGCGAGUGAUGAAUGUUACGUUGCUAUAUAAAAAGCAAUCAUCAUCAAAACUGUAAUUGAUCCUGGUCCAACAGAAACCAGCAAGAACACCGAAAACUGUAGCGAGGAAAUAAAUUAGUAUUUGGAAAUAUUUCCAUCCGAGAAAUACGUUCUGCCAUCGUUUCUCAUAUAAGGCGCAAAAUCUUACUUCCAGAGCUUGAAAUUUAUUCCACGGAAUUGACAAUCAGUGGCAGUGACCUACGUACACUUCAAGUGCCGGGGAACGUGUAUUGCGACGAAGGUUACGCAUUUAAUUAACAUAACCCCCCAAAAAGAAACAAUGACAAUUAAAAAUGUUAUUAUUUUCGGAGCAAGUGGACAGAUAGGAGUGAAAGCUUGUACGAAGGCCGUAAAUCAAGGUCUUAAUGUUCGAGCAUUCUCGAGGGAUUCAUCUCAGUACCCUAAAGAAAUAAAAGAAAAGGUAGUGAUUGUGGAAGGUGAUGUAACUAAUAGAGAAGAUGUGAAAUCUGCCAUUGAAGGACAAGAUGCUGUCAUUGUGACAUUAGGGACAAGAAAUGAUUUAGCAUUCUUAUUCUUUGAACCUGAAAAAGUGCCAAGCAUAUUUCAAGGUGUUACUGAUGACCACAAACGUAUGUUUAAUUUGCUGAAAGAUAGUGGUCUGAAUUGGAUUGCUGUGUUUCCUCCUCAUUUCACUGAUGCAACUUCUUCAAAGUACCUUGUGAAGCAUGGUGGUUUGCCUGCAGGGAGAAGUGUGUCAAAGGAAGCAUUAGGAUCUUUUAUGAUAGACUGUCUGUCACAAAAUGAACAUUAUCAGAAAGUAUGUGGGAUAUCUCAGGAUGAGCUUGAACAUCCCAAAUCUUAAGUAUAACCAAAGAUUGGCAAAAAAUAUAAGAAUUUAAUAAAGGAAUGAAGUAUCUGGAAGAGAAAAUAUUUACAUGUGGAAGACUGCUUAACUUGAUCAUUUUUAUUGAAGUAUUUUUGUUUGAAGAUAAUAAAGUACAAAAUACAAGCUUACUCUGCAAUAUGAACUAAUAUUUUUUUAAAAUAAGUUUUCCUAUUUAAAAUUUUAAAGUGUGUCUUAAGAUCUUUACCCUCUGGUCUUCUGAUUGGGGAUGGAAGGGGUGGAGGAGGAGGUAUUGUUGAAGGAAAUACUGAACAAUCUGAAAUGGUCCUAGAUAGAGGAAUCCUUUCCAUAGUGAAAGGUUCUUUUUUAAUAUUACCAACACAAGUUUCUGUCUUUUCAUUGGAAUAUAGUCCUAAGCAACCGUAUAUUGAGACUGGAGCACAUUCUGAAUAUCCAAGUUUUUUGUAAAAAUCUUGCUGGUCAAUAGUAGACAAAUAUGCAGUAUUGAUACCCUGACUGAAAAAAAAGAAGAAAAAAAUAAGUUAGCUUCCAGUUUUAAUAAAUUUUAUUUAUAUUUUAUUAGACACAUCACCUUGCAGCAUAUUUCUCAGUUUCUGACAUGAUUAAUCUGCCCAGUCCUUUUCCUCUAUAAUCAGGAUGAAUGACAACUGUAAGCACAAUACAAAUUAUAAAAAGGAAUUAUUUAUAUAGGUAGCACAAAUAAAUUAUGGUUGCACCCACCAGAUUCAACAAAACAAGCUCCA